AUGACCCCGCAAGCUCCCGGUCACAUAAGUGCUUCUAUGGAAGCGUUGGCUCAAGCAGACCCUUUCGCCACAACAAGAGAACGCCAGGCUGGUACCAGGAAAUCUAGGGGAAAGUCUCUUGCUGCUGUAUCCGAAGCUGAACAGAGGAACGAUGAGAUUGAGAUGCCAUUGACUCCAGACGAGCCGCCCGAAGGAUUGACUCCAUGGGGACAAUUUAAUUUAGCAUACCGUGACGGAGGUAUCUCUCCCGGUGCUGCUAUAGAUCCUGCAGAUCCAAUGGCGGCUGCAGGAGCAGCUCUAGGUCUAGUGGCAACUAACAAUACCAACCAUUCCAAUGCAGCACCUCGAAGACCUAGUAUGUGGAGGCGAACCGCAACAGCAGACGUGCCAACCCCGUUCAAUGGAGAAAGAAGAGGGAGCGUCUUCCAACGAGCAAACUCCGUCUUUCAAGACACUCUCCUAAAUGUCCGCAAGAAGGUCCGCCGUAGUAGCAUGUGGGACGUCUACGAAAACGCUAAGAAAAGACAACUGGAAAUCCGAAGAAAGCGCUGGGUGCAGAUUGUCUUUGAGUAUUCAUUUUAUGCCAUGCUUCUGGUCCUUUUCUACUUUCUAAUCAUAGGUCUGCCGCUUUGGAAGGGGACGUAUUGGGAACUUUAUUUGGCGUUCAAAUAUAAGCUCAAUGCUACUGGUACUUGGUCUNNAUCGUCAUCGCGGUUUCGGUUGCGUAAGUUGUCCCUCGCUCCUUCCACCUAUGCAUACUCUCCGCUCCUUGUUCUGUUCGAACCAGACCCACCGAUGCCUGACGAACCCAUCGACGCUACCAAGACUCCUAAUGUCGCCGACACUGCCCUGAUGAUUCCCUGCUACAAGGCCGCCACCCUAAUUGGUCCGACUUUGGAAGCCGCCUUGAAAAUAUUCCCACCAUCGCAUGUCUUUGUUGUUGCUAAUGGCAACAGUCCCACUCCUCUAGAUAACACUGAAGAGAUCUGCAGACCAUUUGGCGUCAAUCACAUCUGGAGUCCUGUCGGUUCGAAGAUUGUUGCACAGUUCGUCGGCUGCUAUGCUGCAAAGGACUUCAAGAACGUGUUGCUUAUCGAUGACGACUGCGCUCUACCACCCAACUUCCCUAUCGUCUCUGAUCGACUCAAGGGCAAUGUCAUGUGCAUGGGCUACACCAUCAAGUCCGUUGGUCCCAAAUCAUCCAAAGGAACGCUCUGCCAACAAGCACAAGAUCUAGAGUAUAAGAUCUCUGGUAUUCAACGUGCACUUGCUGGCAGNAUUGGUAGCGCGACCUUUCCGCAUGGCGCCAUCUCGCUCUGGGAUAGAGACUUCCUUAUCAAGACUUUUAGCAAGCAUCCUGGGUUCAGUGUGUCUGAAGACUGGUUCUUUGGACAUGUUGCUCGUCAGCUGGGAUGUCGUACACAGAUGGCAACAUCUGUCUUUAUCGAGACGGAAACUCCUGAUGCCGUCUUCUUUAGCUCUGGUGGUGAAAGAGGUGGAUUCGGUGAGAUGACUGUCUUUAAACAACGAUUCUACCGCUGGAACUUCUUCUUCGUUAACGGAAUGUACUACAACCUGCAUUACAUCCUCUUCUCGUGGAAAUUAGGAUGGUGGGAGAUUGGCGCCAAGUUGUUCGUCUUCCAGGAGAUUUACGAAACGCUUCUGUAUCUGGCUACACCCAUCGUCGUCCCGGUCUCCCUUGCCGUACGUCCUCAAUUCUUCUUCGAACUUCUGGCCCUUACCUUCGUUCUUUAUAUGGCCAACGCUGUCAUCUUCAAUGAGCUUCACCUUCGACGCAAGAACGAGAAGGUACCUCAGAAGUGUGUCUGGCUCUAUUACAUGCCCUACAAGCUCGUCUUGACAUUUGUCAACGUUGCGAGUUGCUACUACGCCAUUUACAAGUACGCCACCUACUUCGCCACACGGCACGCCAAGAUCAUCGAAGACGACAAAGCUGUGAAUGUUGUGUUGCAGCUCGAGGAAGAAGAUGUCGAUAACGAUCCAGUGUUACCCGUUGGUGGUCGCCGCAUGAGUGUUACAGCUGUGGGCUCGCAGGUCGAAAUCCCUGGAAGUGUAGUCGGAGGCCGUAGAAUGACCAUCACUGCCAUGGGUCAACGCUUCAGCAAUCCUGACAUCACAGAAGAAGAUGAAGAAGAAACUGAAGAGCUCAUCGAGAAGCCUGAGCGCAAGGCUUCGAUCAGCAUCAUCAAAUCCGGGGAUGCACUCACUCCUUUGACAGCUCGUAGGCCUUCAAUUACGGUUGGUGGUCGUCGUGUCAGUGUCACCUCUGCUACUGUCAUAGAUGAGGUACCCCUGGCUNNACAGGGGGGAACAACAGAAGGUGUCACGACCGUCCUCGAAGAACCAGAAGAAGAACACACCACAGCCGACGAAAAGCCAACAGCCACUCCUAACGUCGAAUCAAAGCGUCAAUCCAAGCGCAGGUCUCAACUCAGGCAAUCGUACUUUGCGCCUGUGAUUGAGGUUACGGAAACCGAGUUCGAGCCUGAGACCCUGGUUACGCCAGCGGUUGUGGAUGAUAGGCUUUUGACGCGUAUCUCUGCUAUUGAAGAGGCGUUGGCUGCUCGUGGAAUUGGCGCUGUAAACUUCGCUGUUCAUGAUGAUGAUGGUACUAUCGGAGCCGCCGCUGCUGAAGAAGACGAGAACGAAGACUUCGUUUCUAUUGCUGAUGACGAGAAGAAACACUCUGAUGCUAAGAGCAUGGUCUAA